UAGAUUUGAUUAAUUCAAAUAUUCAACAAAUAUGUUGUCCAAAGUAGGAGCGUUGAUUUUAUUUCUUAUGAUCUUCAUCAGUUUUUGCCAAGAGAGCAUAAGUGUAAAAUUAUUCUGUGGAUCUGGACUAAAUUUAACCAAAUAUGACAAUGAAACACAGGAAUGCAACGACGGACAUGUGAUUGACAGGAGAAAUUUUAGGCCACUAUUGGUACCGCCGACAACAAACUUUAACUCAACUUCAAUAAUUUUACAAGAGAGCGUAAGUGUAAACUUUUUCUGUGGAAUAAAUUUAACCACAUAUGACAACGAAACACAGGAAUGCAACGAGGGAAAGGUGGUGGACAGAAAUGUUAGGCCACUAGUGGUACCGCCGACAACAAACCUUAACUUCACUUCAAUAAUUUUACAAGAUGACCGAUCAAAUAAGUCGUCAACAGAUAACACUUCUCUCAGCAACGUUACAUUCACUUGUAAUGGAAGAACAUUUAGUACUUAUACUAAUAAGAAAGGCACUGUCGGAUGCUGUGGAAUUGACGUAUACCAGCCAAAUGAACAAACUUGCUGUCAGUUGACAAGUAAUGAAUACAAAAUCCAUGACAAUAAACCGGAAAGAAACCAUGUCUGUUGUGGCGUACAUGUGUUUGCAAGAAGCUCAACCAAUUUACCUUGUCAGCAUGGUUCACUCAACGAGGCGUUCAUCAGUGGUAAAUUGCCAACGCUUAGUACAAUAAUCGAAAUAUGCUGGAAAAACUUUGUGUUUUAUGUGAAGAUAACAGGGGAGGAAGAAACAAAAGACAGGCGUAAUCUUUUUAUCAGCGUCACACAGUAUGAAUGGCACGGAAUCGGAAGCUAUUUGAGACCUGUUCAAACGAGAUGGAACAUCAAAGCUCCGUUGGACAAAUACAGUCAAAAAUUGUUGAAAAGAGAGACCUUUGUUAUAUUUUCAAAUUACGAGUACCUAGAUGAUGUAGUUUUCUAUCGUCACGAUGGAGAUGCUGUGUUUAAAGCGUCAAGAAGAAAAUACUUUGUGUUAAGGAAAUUAAGACAACUAUUGGAUACUUGCUAAACUCUUAAAAGUUUUGCUUGAUUGUUGUAAACCGUGGAUGAUUGACCCCACUGUAUAUCGACAACUGCCACAGUACAAAAGGCUUUAUAGUAAAGCUUUCUACGUACUAAGCAAUGUCUCAAUACAUGAAUGGAAGGAAUACUCCUGGAUUUUUUCAAACGCAUUUCACAUUCAUAUUGUAUUUUUAUCAUAGAUUUCAUAUGUUCAUAACGUACGUUUUAUUUGUUUUAUAUUAAAUUAAUGCACAGUACUAUAUCUGCUUUUCAAAAUUAUAAGAUGCAUUAUUUUCCUGAAUGAAUAGAUAAAUAGAUAGAUAGAUAAACUAGAUAGA